CAAAAUGAAUCAGCUGAUAUAGAAAAUCUUCUUCGUCGACUCCAUACAAAUAUAUUACCUCCUAAAUUAUUAGCUCGAGCUCAACAUGAACAUCGAAUUAUGAAGAGUACACGACGUCAACUCAAAAAAUCUAAUGUUAUUAUUCGUAUUACGGACAAAAGUAAAGUAUUUCACUUAGGUAGUGUACAAGAUUAUCAUGAAGAAGCAUUACAAUACAUGCAAGAUACCAAUGCCUAUAGAGAAAUAACAAGUAGUAUUAAUCCAUACCAACAGCAUGUUCAGACAGUUUUAGCAUUAAUAGAUCCAAUGUUGAAAAAGAGAGAGAUUAAUCUCGAAUUAUGGAAACAAUACAUGCGACCAAAUGCAAUAACAACUGAAUUAGCUCAUCUAUACUUUAUACCAAAGCCACACAAAGUAAAUUUGUGA